AUGUUUAGAGACGUUGAGCAGUCUCCAUUGUCUGAAUUUCGACAUGAAGACUCUUCCAUUCUGCCUAUUCCAGAGAUAAGCUCCGAAAGUCCCUGUGAGGCUACGGAUGACAGCAAAUACCAAGACGAUGGCAAGACAUUACUUUAUCCCAAUGCAAGCGAUGUAUUUCCAUUCAAAACAGCAGAAAGACUUUUGGACGACAUCAAACUUGAAAUGAAAUUUAGGGAAUCGCACGAUCCGGAAAUAGCCGUCAAUGACCUUCAGAGCGGCAUUCUAAAACUGCCUAUUUUGAAAUACGCCCGCAGCAACAUUCAUAAUCCUUACAGUAUCGGAUAUUUACUUGACCAGGUGGCUCUAAAGACCCGUUAUGAGUACGAAUCCAGAUCAUGCCCAGAGUUCAACAAAAUCACCGUUUUCAUGGCAGUUCUGACCGACCCUUCCUUCGUCCCUUCGGGCCUUGAAGAAGUGGCCAAAGUACCUAUUUACCAUCUCAAGAUCACGGUUAAAACGCGAACGUAUCUAGAGCGUUUGCGUAGACAAAUUGGCGUUCAACGGUACCAUCUGAUUUCAGCGCUGCACCCUGCUGAUGCUGCAGAACUACUGUGGACUGAUCCCUCUGACCCAAAACUCAUCGAAUCUGCCUACUAUGUUUCUAGUGAUACGAACAAGCUAGUUUGCAUCGAAAUUUUCAAACCAGAACUUGAUGAAUCUGACCUGGAGGCAUUCAGUCCGGAAAGAAUCAGCCAAAGAUACGUGGCAGCUUGUCAUAAAUUUCCAGAUCUGGAUCCAAACAGCAUACCCUCGCAAGCCGAAUGUUUUAGUACGCUUUUAAAAAUAUUCAAAGGCCCGCUGAAUAGACAGAGCCCCCAGGACGUCUUAAAAACAAUUUCCGCUGACAAUAAGUUUCUCAACUCUCAAAUCGAUCCGAACUGGUUGACCGACAGGUUUCAUUUUCAGCUUUCAAAGACUCAAGGUAAUGAAGGAGAGGAAAACUGCUCACAGUCAAUGGAAUUUCAACCACCCAAUCUGACAACCUAUGUUGAAGACCUCGAGGUAAGGAAUCUUCGCGAGUCAUACGUUCGCAAAUGUCUGGAACUGGUACUAUUGGGGAAAUUAUCCUAUAAUGUUGCCGUUAAAAACGGUGGAGUUCAAGAUUCAAAGGUUCGCUCUUUUCAACUAUACCAGAUUAAUUACUCUUCCUCGUUCUUUUUCCAUGUCUUGGGCGAAAGCAGGAACAUAACUGAUCAUUGGAAUCAAGAACUUGAUGGCAGCUUCCAUUUCAUGAUUUUAUCUGCUGCCCAUUAUUACACUGAUAAAGAUGUGAUCAAAAACUAUGAAAAUCAGACUAAGUUGGAUACUGUUAACUCUGGACUGUACUAUGACGCACUAACUUACAUUGCGAAUGUAAAAAGCAGUUACCAACUCAGUACAUUUGCAAGAAAGCAGGAUAUUGUGGGAAAAAGCAGUUUAGACUCUGCUCUUAUUCUUUUUGGCAUCGCUCCUGAAACCACUGUGCUGAGUUCCAUCGAUGACAACUUGCUGCUUGGGGUUUAUCAGAAAGAAAUAUCGCAAGCCACUGCCCAAAAGCACACGCAAUUUAAGAACGCGCUGAAGUUGCUAGCUAAAGCCAAAAAUAGUGAGUCACUAAAAUUUUACUCCACCUACGAGCCCUACGAGAAUGCAUAUCAAGCCUAUCGAAUGCUCGAGGUGGACGAAUCGGUAGAUGUUGAUGUCAUUCAAACAGCAUACACCAUCAAAGCGGCUGACUCUCCUGGACUCAAGGUAGACUGCGAUAGGGCUCUCUAUACUUUAGCCGUGAACAAAAGAAGCAUGGCGUUGUUCAAGUUUCUCUUCGAGCAAUGUCCACAAUUUGCCGAAGUUCAUUCUGCCGAUAGGACAACCUACCAGGAUGCACUUAGCACAUUACAACUCAAUGAAAAUGCUUCGGAUGAGCUUAUCCUGGAAGUGUUUCAAAGAAUGUGGAAUCAAGAAACCAAUAUGUCGCCAGACCUUUUUUUGAAGUCCUUAGCGGCUUUGAUUAAAAUUGGACAUGUACGCAACUCGUUAUUAAUCGAAAGAUAUCUGGAAACGGGAAUGAUAGAUGUCAGCUGCCUUCCAGCCGGUAACUGGCCUACCGGAUUGAACAAUAUUGGAAACACUUGUUACUUGAACUCCUUACUACAGUACUAUUUCAGCAUUUCACCCUUACGUGAUGCUGUCAUUGACUACCAAAGAGCUUUGGGUGAGUUUCAACAGUCGCUCGGUCACUUGGGCGGGAAGAGAAGAAUUGGUGGAAGAGAAGUCAGUGAUCCUGAAGUGGAAAGAUCUGUCCAGUUUGUCUAUCAGCUUCGCGAUCUAUUCACAAGUAUGGUUCACUCAAGAAGCAAAUUCGUUACUCCAACACGGGAACUUGCUUAUCUUGCGUUCGCACCAAGUAAUAUCGAAGUUGAAUUCGAGGAGACGCCACCCGCUAAAUCACUUUCAGAUGAGGGAGAUGUUGCAGUCAUCGAUGUUUCCAACGAAAGCAGUGAAGAUGUCAAUAUGAUCCAGUUGACUCCUCCAGAAAGUGAAGUGGAAGUGGAAGAGGAGCCUGCCGACGGCGACAUUUUACUUGAAGAUCUCCAGACUCUGGAACCAAUGGCUUCAUCUACUAGAGUUGCCAACAUCAGCCCUGAUCAGCUUGAAAAUGCGCUUGAAAUGGGAAGGCAGCAGGAUGUGACUGAAUGCAUUGGUAAUGUAUUAUUCCAACUAGAAAGUGCAUCUGAACCUACUAGUCUGGAUGAAGACGGGGAGCAGCAAGAUAUUAUCAAAAAUUUGUUCUAUGGAAAGCUAAAGCAGGACUUGAUACCGUUGAAUAAUACUGAUAAGGUGAGGACAAAGAUCGAACGGUUUGUAUCCUUGUUAAUCAGCGUAGUCGACCACCCAAAAGACGUUUAUGACGCACUGGACCAAUAUUUCAAAGACGAUGUGCUACAACUGGAGGACGGCCAUGUCAAAAGAAGCGUCGCUGUCGAGCGUCUUCCAACUGUACUCCAGCUUCAAAUCCAAAGAGUGUACUAUGAUCGCGAGAAACUAAUGCCUUUUAAAUCCAUCGAGCCCCUUCCAUUCAAAAAAACGAUCUACAUGGACCGAUAUAUGGACACACAGAAUCCAUUGUUGAUAAAAAAGAAACAAGAAUCCAUCGCUCUCAAAGAAGCGCUACAAUCUUUGAAGGAAAGACAGCGUGAACUGCUAGGUAAGAAUGGCAGCGGACUCAAUUUCAAAACCUCGCUGCUCGAAACAAAGAAGUUUAUGCAGUCCGAUGUUCUUCAACAGCACGAUAUAAACGUUCAAAAGAAAGAAGAGUCGUUGAAGACCGUCGAUUCUCUUAUCUUGAAAAUAGACAACGAGCUUGCCGAAAUCUACCAACGCAUCAACGUAAUCGAACAGAGGAUGAAUGACCAUUUUGAUGACUUCCGUGAACAUGAGUACUCUUUGUUUGCAGUUUUCAUCCACCGCGGGGAGGCAAGCUAUGGCCACUAUUGGAUAUACAUCAGGGACUGGUCCCGCAAUGGAAUCUGGCGUAAAUACAACGACGAGACCGUUACCGAAGCACCUGAAAGUGAAGUAUUAAAUUUUACCGUGGGUAACACUGCAACACCUUAUUUUUUGGUAUACGUCAGAAAAGGGCAAGAAAGUGUUAUCGAACCAUUGAAAAGGGUCGUUGAAGAAUGA